AUGAAUGGUUCCAAAUCCAGGAAAAGAAAAUAUCCAGAAUCUUCAACUUCAUCAUCUUAUCCAUAUGGAUUCUCUCAUGUAGGAGGUCUCUGUGAACAGAUAGAUGUUCUCCGAGAAAUGAUAUUGUUUCCAUUGAUUUACGAAGAUGUUUAUGAAAUGUUCUCAGUUAAACCUGCAAGAGGUGUAUUGUUUCAUGGUCCACCAGGUACUGGAAAAACUCUAGUAGCAGGAGCUCUUGCUGGUGAAUGUCUAAAGGAGGCUGGUGGAAAAGUUACCUUCUACUCGCACAAAGGCGCUGACAUACUCGACAAAUGGGUUGGAGAAAGUGAACAGAAAUUGCGAAACGCUUUUGCAUUGGCAGAAAAAAAUCAACCUUCAAUAAUAUUUUUUGACGAACUCGAUGGGCUAGCUCCUAUAAGAUCGUCCAGAAAUGAUCACAUACACAUUAGCAUCGUAGCAACAUUGCUAUCAUUAAUGGAUGGCUUGAAUAAUAAAUGCGGGGUGAUCAUUAUUGGAGCAACAAAUAGAUUGGACGCAAUAGAUCCUGCACUAAGAAGACCAGGACGUUUUGAUCGUGAACUGUACUUUCCUCUGCCAUCGUUGACAGCGAGAUUUGAAAUUUUAAAAGUGCAAGUCAGGGAAUGGGCCGACAAGCCCUCGGAUGCUCUACUCCAAGAAAUUGCUGAAAUGACCAUUGGAUGCAAUGGAGCAGAUCUAAAAUCUAUAUGUUCCGGUGCAGUUGUCUCUUGCAUCAAAAGAAAUCAACCAAUUAAUUUAGAAAGUAAUGGAUCAAGUAGAAAGACACAACUGAAAAAUAUGAAAAUUGUGCCCGAAGAUUUCAUAAAUGCUUGUGGGGCCCUGAAGCCACGUUGGCUUAGAACGCAAAAGACGAUGGCCCAACCGUUGCCGAUUUAUUUGCAACCGUUGCUUAAGAAGUUCGUGGACAAUCUCUUCGAAUCCCUGUAUCUACUAUGCCCACAUUUUAUGGAACCAAGUGGUGGUCUUGAAAAAAUUACUCAUUCUUUUAGAUAUUCAUUAAACUCCCAAAAAAGGCAUUUAAGAUACAUUAUUUUACAAGGAGGAGUUGGCCAAGCCCAAGAUGAGAGGAUAGCUCCAGCAUUACUUCACCGAUUGGAACACAUGCCCUGUACUAUACUUGAUGUAUCAUCAAUUUAUGGAAAAUCUAUGUCUACUGAAGGAGCUUGUUUGAAAGUGUUUGAUGCUGCAAAAACAGUAAUUCCAGGAAUAUUAUACAUCAAAAACUUAGGAUCUUGGUGGGACGUUGUCGAUGAUUCUACGCGCAUGGUAUUUGUCCAAACAAUACAAAGUAUGGAUCCCUACAUGCCCUUGUUAAUAUUGAUAACAACAACUACUGAACUUCCAAAAGUUCUAUCCAAUCAUUUCGAUCCCCUGGAGAACAUAGUAAUAAAAAUUACCAAUCCAUCAAUAUUAGACAGAGGUGAUUUUUUCUCGCCUCUUUUCAAUGGCAUUAUGACCCUGACCCCGAGUGUGUUCAAAACGAGGUCUGAAAAUGUGGGAAAAGCAAGAGCCUCUACAUUUAGCCUUAUGUGCAUGGAAAAUGCACAAAAUCAGGCAAAAUCCGGGUGCAAUCCAAACACGUGUCUGAUCGAGAGCGAAUUGUUUGACAAGGUUAAACAUAACUCCACUUGCGGCUUAUUGUAA